AAGUUAAGGGUGGGACAAAUGGCGAAGCCACAACUCUGGUUCCUGUCGUGUGAAGUGGCGCGGUGGGUGUGCUCCUGUGCGAGGAUUGCUUGACGGCGCUGCUGCAAGGAUCGCCUGGCACACACCCUGCGCUGGUGUCGUUCCGCAUUUGGGUGCGAAAUUGGAGGCUGCGUGAUGAUGGUGGUUAGUGAAUUGUCUCAAACAAUUUUGUGUAGAAGUGCUGUGAUGGACUCGUCAUGGUUUCCGUGGGUGAGGAGUUCGAGCGACGCGUUGGCAUUCCUGCUUCAGUUCUCAACGUCAUCGUUGUGUAUUUUCUGAUUGCGAGCUGUGGGGUUUUAGGGGUUCCGUUUGCGGUCCAACUUGGAUCCGGACGGAGUGCUAGAUGUGGCCGGGAAUGGGCGUUAGGUUAGACUGUGAUGUUCACUCAGGGCUGCGAGGCAUUGUGUUUUUCCUUUGGCGAUGGAGGUCGAGAGUAGAAAGGGUACUUUUUGGUCAGCACCGGGGGAGUUAGUGUCCCAGUUCUUGGUGCAGGCAUUAGGAGCCUGAAACAUGUUGACAAGCGACCGGAGGAGAAGCUCGGCUCGACGGGGUUUGCAAGUGCUAGGAAAAAUAUCUGCAGUACCCAAGCCUAUCAACCUACCAAGUCAACGGUUGGAGAAUCGUGGACUCGACCCCAAUGUGGAGAUAUUACCGAGAGGGAGCGUGAGCUGGGCAUCCGCGGGACCCUCACCACCAGCGAGUAGCAAUGCAUGGGGUACUCCAGCACAGGCGUCUUCUCCGCCGAGUUGCAGUGGAGCAUGGGGACCGAAAGUGGGUGCGGUAUCUAUGGGGAGCAGUGUUAUCGGUGGAGGGGCAACUUUGGGGACCCCAGGAAUUGUCCCACGCCCAAGAUCAGGAGGCAGUGGCUGUCGUCCGAUGUCGGCGGAAAGCGUUGCACAGGUGCAGCAAUCGUCCGAUUCGCUUCCGGGAAACACGGAAACGAGCAGUGUGUGGAUUGCAAGGCCGUCCUCGGCUUCUGGAGUCUUAGGUCAACUCCAACCGCUUGUAGCUCAAGCCCAAGCCCAAGCACGUCCUAGGAGUGCUGAUAUCACACGACCUACUCGCAACCUGUCUGAGAUUGGGCAUCAGCCAGCGGCUUCUUCUCUAGCAGGCAACGCGGCAUGGGCGGGUCGCCGCAGACUGGGAGAGGAGCCUCAUCAGGCCUCGCGGUUUCAGGUGACGAGGACAGACUUUCCGACUUUGGGUUCUGAGAAAAACCCAGAAUUGCGUCCACAGCAGAGCACCUCUGGUGCUGAGCGCGGGGCUCCAGCGGAGUCUAAUGGGCCACAUACGGAGAGAGGAGGCCACCUACAGCACCAGUUCCUCGCGGUAAGAUUGCUGGACUCAGUGAUGCGGUAUUUGCAAUGGCUCUCAUGUGAGGUGCAUUGGCGUUUACUGAAUUGGUCAGAGGUGAAACGUUGGAAUACAUUGCUGGUGUGGCUCAGUUGUGUGGCAGAAGAGAUACUACUACCAAGGCCUCGCAGCGCUGGAUACAAUCUUCCAGAGCGGAGUGGUGCGGACAACUGGAGGAGAGAAGGUCCGGCAUUACGAGGGCCUCCUCCGCAUGCGGAAGGAAAUUGGCACAGGGACGGACCUUAUGUGAGGCCAUCUUACGGUGGACAAGGUUCUUAUCCGGAGAGUUGGCGACGGGAGAGGGGUUCGUCGAGUGGGGCAGCAGACGAUAACUGGCGGCGAGGAGGAGCUCCACCCUUGGGUCAGUAUGGACCUCCCCCGGAGCAUGGUCAUUAUCCCCAUGAGAGCCCAGGGUUUAUGCAUGGACCUCGAUUUGGACCUAGGCCGGCAGGUUUCGGUCGUGGAGCACCAGGUCCAGGCGGAUAUUGCCACCACGGCGACGUGUAUGGUAAUGUGGGGCCGUUAUUGCGAUCAGCAGGUCUAAUGCACCCGACGAAGCCGAGCAUGUUCCAAGGGCCGGUUCCUUACGAUGGUUUCUAUGGACCUGCAGGGCCAGGGUACCAAAACAUGGAAGAUCCAGAGAGGACGAUGAUGGGAAUGGGCGGCAGACCAGGGCCAUACGGCGGAUACGGACCGCACAGAGGGCCUCCUCCGGAAGCGUUCGGGCGAUUCGGACACGGGGGCAUGAACCAAGGCCUUCGACACCACCGGGAGGGGAACUUGCGAGAGCCUGGCGAUGUGAUGGAAAUGGAGGUCACGAAGGAAGAGGAUAAGGGGGUGGCAGUCACAUUAAAGAGCGAUCCUGUAGCUGCAGCCCCGAAGGCGAGAUUGGAAGUUUCGAGUGCGCCGAGAGCGAAUGCUGAGGGCCGGGAGAUCGCAGAAGACAAGGAGGAGGGAGGGAGGAAGACGGUGAACGUGAUGGUUGUGGACAAGGAAGUGGUGGCUAAGAUGGUGAUGAAAGACAGAUGGGAGAGAGGGAGCCGUCGAGAUGCGAUCCAGAGUGAAAUAAGGGAGGUGAGCCAUGCUGGUGGCAAUGUUGAGUCGAGUACGUUGCGAUUCGGCCCCUAUGGUGGUGGAGGUGGGGGGAAGUCCAGCAUUCUUAGAAAUGCCCCACGGAAUGCAGUGGCAGAUGGAACAGGCGGUCCAGCGGGUGCGCAUCAUUGGAGGCAGGCGAAAUCAGGUGGUGUGGGCGGUGGUUUGGAGAAGUCGGAGGCGGAAGUUCCGAAAGAUGGCGAGAAAGGGCGCAUUUUGAGACGCCCAGAGAGCCCGAAAGUGCAGGCGGGGCGUGUUGAGGGCGGGGUUUCAGACGUGAAUGUGGUCCAGACGAGUACAAAUCACGAAGGUAGCGGAAAAGAGGGGAUGAAAUCGAAAGGUAACAUUUCUUCGCAUGAUGGAGAAAAGGAAUGGAGGCCAAAGGUCCAGAUCCCUGAGAUGAGUCCAAGGCAUCCUGCGGAUGUUGCAUCACAGGAUUCGACAGCGGGAAUUGCAGGUUGGGCAUCAGCAGUGGAGGGCACGGAGAGCAAAGGCGCGCAGUGCAUGAGGGGGCCAAAGGGUGCUUCAGGCAAUAGUGUGGAUGCGCAGCGGGCAUCGAUGGAAGAGAAAGCGACUCUAAAGGCAAGCAGGUUGGCGAAUGAGGAGGAAGAAAGAAUGAGGGAGCAGAAGGCGAAGGCUAGGGCAAAGCUUGAGGAGCUGGAUAGGAGAUUCACCGCGGUACGGGCAGCAGCAGCCGAGGAGGUGAUGGUGACGGAGGUGUUGAAGCCCAGUGUUGAAGGAAGUCGGAAAGAAAGUCGGGAAGCGACGCAAGAGGUUCCAACAGUGGAGUCGAAAGCAGUGGUGCAAAGCGGCAGGAGCAGCGGCAGCGGCAGCAUGAAGCGUGGCGGGCGCAACGACCAUGCGAAGUGCGAGCGUGACAGGAAGGCGAAUGGGUGGAAAGCAGUCGUCGGAGAAGGUGACAGGGGUCAGGCAAACGGCGGCGCUAGCAUGAUUCUGUCAGCGAGCGUGAGUGGUGAUCUUAUAUUGAGUAUCCCUGUGGGUGUGGGCGAAGCACGUGGUGAACAGGCGAACCGGCGGCGCGAGUCUCGUCACAGGGGUAGGUGGGAGAGGAAACAGGUGGUGGGUGGAACAGAGGAUGGGGAGCGAUCAGUGGCAGCGGCCGUUGCGUCUGCCGACAAUCCUCCGACUGGAGGUAGCAGGGGCUGGAAUAUGGACAAUUUGGCACCGAAAGAGGUGGAUUCAGGAAACACAGGUCAUGUGGGAACGAGCAACAGCGAUGGGCCAGGCAGCCUACGGAAGAGCAAGAGCAAGAGCAAGAACAGUCGCAACAGCAGGAACAAACAACGUCCGGAAGCUCCGGCUGUAAUAAUUCCGGAGAGCAUUCAGUUUGGUGACAUAGUAUCUGGACUGCACAGCACGGAUUUCCGCAUCUUAGGGAGUGAGGUGCCAGGGGAUCCCGGCGCAAAUGGAUGGCACAUGGAUACGGGUAAAGACGUGAGCAUGUCAGGCGAUGCUUUGACAGGGGAUGAAGGAUCAGCUGUAUCGACUAAUGGAGAUGUUCCCGGUAAGAGGAUGCAACGCAAGAGUCGCGGUGGUUGGUGUCAGAGUCGAAGAGAUCGGGGAUCCCAAGAGCAGCGAGCGGCUGAGAAGUCCCAUGGGGUCGAUUCGAUGGUGUGGGCUCCAGUUCGAUCUCCUGGAGCCGGGGGAGGGACGAGAGGGGAAGGGCCGCAUAUGUGCGAUCAGCAGGAGGAGAGCGUGUCGGCACCGCAGCAAGGACGCGGGAAGAGGGCGGAGAUGGAGCGGUAUACUCCGAAACAUUUGAUGAAAUGUCAAGUGAGUUCAGAGCAAAAGUCGUUCCCACCACAUGCGCAAACGCAAGGAGUACACCACCAGGUCCCUCAGGAUGGCGUCGCGGUAAGUACGGUGGAGGCGGAGUGCCCGCGUGUUGUAGGCCUUCCAGACGGCAAGCAGUCGUGGAUUGGGGAUGAGAAAGGCAGUCAUGAUGUCAAGGCAGUGGACUCUGGCAGCAAAGGCGGAAGGUCCCAUGGAUCGUGGCGGCAAAGAAGCUCUUGGAGUGAGAGCGCGAAGGAUUUUCCUGCUGCGAAUGCUGGUGGAUCCGGCCUGGGAAAUGCAAAGCAUCAUCGUCAGCGGGCUGAUCAGAGGUGUAGUAAAGGGGUAGGUCUAUCUUGUCGCAACCAUUCGGGAUCUGAGCAGUUGACUGCUACAACACAAGCGACGGCAGUUGGUGCUCCAGCUGCAGGUGCACCUCCUGCCGCAAAUCCAGGUCCCGCCCCCACCCUUGGUCCGGCGCAAGUGUCCGAGAGGGAGUAUCCCGCGGACAAGAAGCUAUAUCAGCCACCGCGGCCUGCGGCCGGUGCGAGUCGGCAUAGUCAAGAUUAUCGGGGGCAGGAUGUUUGUGGACAAGAGCCUCGUGAACAGAAUUACCUCAGGCAAGGUCCGUACGGAUCCGAUCACAAGGAGCAGGAGCAGGGCACAGGAGGACAUUCCCGGCAUUCCAACACAGCAUCGGACAAAGCGGUUGCACGCGAGAGUUCAGGGUCGCAGAACGGCGGCGAGCAUCCCAGGAGCCAGAGUGCUGAGAAGGAGCGGACCUCCUGCCAACAAGCGUACGUGACCCCGCAUGCACAGCAGAAGACACAUUCUGCAGCAGCUGCAGUGGAGUCGAGUCUGUUGGCGUCGACCGAGAGAGAAGGCCAACAGCCGCAAGGUUGGAGUGGUCCGAGCCAGCAUUCAGGCUCGGGCGGUGAGCAGGGAUUCUCUAACCGAGGGCGGUUGGAAAGAGAUCAAGCGACGAGGACGUCCUCCGGUCUGCAGAGGGGGCAGGGUCUCUGGCAACAGAGCGGCGGCAACGAGGGGUUUCGAUCAGGUUCGUUGCGUCCACAUCUUUCAGAGAGAGGUGUAGGAGGGACCCGCGAUUCGAGCAGAGCGGAUGUGCCUAAGCAGCAAGCAGGGAAGAGCCAAUGUGGGCAUGGGUCAGAACAGGCGAGGCAGCAGCAGAACAAAGGUGGUCAGCAGACUGCUCCGGUGGCGAUUCCAAGCGUGAAAGCAGAGGGUGGGAACUGGGGGGGAGAAGGUGGCAGUCCACCAGUGGUACGUGGACGGGAUUGUAAUCAUGGUCGGAGGGGACGAUUCUGCGGCCGUUCAGGUCCUCGGAGCAUGGAGGCGGAGCAUCGACGAGAUCCACCUGCGGCAAAACAACGGCUGGUAAUUGUUGCAACAGGUGGGGCUAUGCCCAGUGAAGUUGGAAUUUAGCAAGGAGGUUUGACUAGGAGAUAGCCCAGCUGUCGUGGUGGUGCGGGGUAGAACGGAUGCUCAAGUGCUGCACGCUGCUCGUUCAAAUUGGGGACGCUGCUGCUACGGUUAUGAUGGGCAUAGAUUUUGUGCAUGCGCUUAUGACGGGAGGUAUGCGAGAAAUUGGUUUGAGAUGGUGAAGUAGCGUAAUAUAACGCGAAUUGCGUGGGGUUUCAGCUUAAUAGUCACAUCUGGAUAGAGGAAGCUCUUUGACGGUGGUGUUAAGACGGGGUUUUGGGCUGUUAGUGAACAACUGAUUCCCAAGUAUAAGCUUUCUGUACAAACUAGUCCUUGCAAGGCCCUUGAUUUGGCAACCUUAGAGUGAGUGCAGUGGUUGUCAAGGAGGGACUGUGAAGUGUACCUUGGUUUAAAUGGUGCAUGGAGGUCUGAAAAAUACUGGAUUAAGUUUGGCGGUUUUUGAUACAUUGAGCCCUGAAAGGGGUAUAAUUUUGUUUUUUUCGCUCAUAACAAGAAGAGCGGGAUGUGUUGUUUGCUGGUGUCCCUCUUAUGACAUUUACACGUUGAAAAGUCUGGACUAUCCAUUUGGGGACAUUUCAUUCGCAGGCUCAAUUAAUGAGGGGAUGACUUGGGCCCAGUCCUCGGGCAGGAUUGAUAUGUCUUAGAUGCAAAUUCAGUGCAUGCUUGCAUUGAUCAUAGAAAGUAGAAUGAUCUAACAAAGAUGUAUGGAACAUUUUAUCAGAGCACUACCUCAUUACUGAAAUGCACUGAACUGGAGGCAGGAUCUGCAUGAGAGGGAUGCCAAACAGGAUUGUGGGA